AACUGAAUCAAUUAUUGUAAAAUUUAUUCUUAUACCACAUUACAUAGUAUUGAUCAGUAUUGGGGUCCCAGAAACUUUUGAUCAUGUGGUAAGAUCAUAAUUAGAAGUAGAAUAAUCUAUCUAGAUAAGUCAAAGGAAACUAGGUCAGAUUAUCAUUCAUUUGACCAUUGUAAUUAUGAUCAUAUGAAAGUAAUACAUUUUUCACCCUAAACUAUAACGCUUUACUUAAGGUUAUAACCUUUUCAUAUUGAACUAUGAUGAAUACCAUUAUUCCAUUUAGAAAAUAUUCAAUUUUAAUCAAUUAUUUUGUUAUUUCAACCAAAUAUAACGAAAGUUUAUUACUGAUCAACCAUUAUGUCUGCCAGUUUCGUCUUAACAAAUCUAAUGGAGUGUUUAGUAGUAUACUAAUGAUAUUUUUGCAAAAUAUAUUCUUUCUACUUCUAAUCUUCUGCUCACCUGUUCAUGUAAACUAUGUAAAUUUUUACAGGUUUCAAUACGCAACAAUUGUCACAUUUAAAUCUUCUAGUCAUAUGGUUCAUUUGAAAAGACUUCAACUGUGUUAAGCUCGUAGCAAGGAUUUACAUUUUUAGGUUCAAGCUAAUAUGAAGCCUUCGGUGGAAAAUUUCAAAACUUUGGAAAAGCAACAACUAUUCAGUGCUUCCUAGUUUUCAGUCAUUCUUCAAUUAAUAUUAAUUCGUUAAUUUACUUGAAACUGAUACACAGUCUCCAUUAAAUAAACUCCAUAAGUAUCAUACGCCUAUCUACUAACUGCAUGUUAAAAAUCAUCUAACUUCUGAG